AUGGGUCCUAUGGGGACGGCCCCGCCAUUGUUUUUUUUUUUUUCCCUUUUUUUCUACCCCCCUCUUCUCCAGAGGCCGAGAUCGACGGUUCUUCCAGCAAUCCAGCCAAUUACCAGAGCACAAACAUCGAUGAGCCACCACUCCACGCCGUUCUCGAUACUCCGGACAGUUGAAGAGGUCAGAGAAUGGCGGAACCAUCUGCCGGAUCCGAGCUCGAUUGGCUUUGUGCCCACGAUGGGCGCCCUCCACGAGGGACACCUCCAACUGGUCCGACAUUCGCUCUCAACCCAGCAAAACACGAUCGUCUCAAUCUUCCUCAAUCCAGCCCAAUUCGGCCCUACGGAGGACUUGUCGAGCUACCCCUCUACCCUAGAAUCCGAUCUCAAGCAGUUGUCCGGUCGGCCCUUGAUGUGA